AUGAUGGACAGACAAUCAGCACACCGUCACAUUCAGCGUAUCGUUCACAAUGCAGCAUCCUACGACCUCCCGCAGGGAUGUUCACCCGGUCUCACCCAGGGACCUGGUGAGCGCGACCCUCCUGAAUGGAGGUUUGGGCCUGGUCCUGGAUUGAAGCAGCAGCAACAGCAGCAGCAGCAGCCAACGCAAGAACCUGUGGGAUUCGGGAACAAGUUCGGUCUGGAUCUGGGACAUGCGAGCCAGUCGAUGGCAGCAGCCAGCAAUAGCUUCGGUCUGGAUCUGGGACAUACAAGCCAGUCGAUGGCAGCACCUAGCACAAACCGGACAAGACUCACUUUCCCUCCUCGAAGCAUGCACAGCCAGCCUGGGCCCCAACCUGCACCCGAGCUUAGAACUCUCAGUAACGCCGACAACCACUUUAGAUUCGCCCAGAAUCUGCGGAACGGUGUAGCGCUCAACCAGGCUCUGUCCAGACAGAAAAAUGUGCUGUCUGGGGAUCCAAUUAGUCCGCUCGUCAAUGCCAUGUUGACACAGCAGCGAAUGCCCUUGAGACAACAGAUUGAACAGAACAUACACCAGGACAUGCCAUUCAGCCAGGGACAGUUGGACCUUGACACCAUCAAUGGGACAGAGGCAGCACAAUUUUGGGCAGCCCGACUUCUACCAGGGAUUGCACAGCAGCAACAGACUAAACCAACUGCAGCGGCAGCGAAAACAGGCUACUCCUCCUUUCAAUCUGAUCCAGCGGUAGCUCAAGGCUCGCGAAGUUCGUCUCCCCUUGUUGGUCAGGGUUCAAGCCCAACGGCCAGAAUCAGUCUCCGUAGAGCUUCGAACCGCAGUGCUCCCAAGCCCCGGUACCCUCAGAUAGAAAAAAUCAUGGAUGCGGACAUAAUAGAUGCUGAAAAUUAUAAUUAUCCCCAGACGCCUCAACAACGAACUCUCUACCCAACCACAAAGUACACCCCUCGGCCACUUGCACUUAGCCAUGCACCGCCUAUCGCCCAUGGCAUUCAGCUUGUCUCCCCACAGGAACUUCCUGAUCGAUUUCGUCAAGUAUUCCCUUACGAGCUGUUCAAUGCUGCCCAGUCGAAGUGUUUCGCUCCAAUCUACAAGACCAAUGACAACGUGGUGGUUUCGGCUCCAACAGGCAGUGGUAAAACUGCUCUCCUCGAAUUGGCCAUCUGUAGGGUUGUCGAAGGCUACAGUACAGGCCAGUUCAAGAUCGUCUACCAAGCUCCUACAAAGUCACUGUGCUCUGAGCGUAUGCGUGAUUGGUCGAAGAAAUUCAGUCAUCUUAAUCUUCCAUGUGCCGAGUUGACUGGCGAUACUAGCCAGGCCGAGAUGGCUCGAGUUCGAAAUGCAACAAUCAUCGUGACGACACCAGAGAAGUGGGACAGCAUCACUCGCAAGUGGAGCGAUCAUCAGAAGCUCGUUCAGAUGGUGAAGCUCUUCCUCAUAGACGAGGUCCACAUCCUGAAGGAUACCAGAGGCGCGACACUAGAAGCGGUUGUUUCUCGCAUGAAGACCAUCGGUGCGAGCGUACGAUUUGUAGCACUGAGUGCCACAGUGCCUAAUUCGGAGGAUAUCGCUGCCUGGCUUGGUAGAGACCAUACGAAUCACCAGAUUCCGGCCCACCGAGAGACUUUUGGCGAAGAGUUCAGACCUGUCAAGCUUCAGAAGCACGUCCACGGUUUUGAUGGCAACUUCAACGAUUUUGCAUUCGAAAAAUUCUUGGAUGGGAAACUGCCGAAUUUGAUCAAGCAGUACAGUCAAAAAAAGCCAAUCAUGGUCUUCUGCUUUACGAGAAAGUCCUGUGAGGGUACUGCCACCAUGAUGGCGGAAUGGUGGACUAGACAGAAGUUUUCGGAUCGCGCUUGGUCACAACCAUCGCAGACAGUGCCUGUCAGCAGCAGAGAACUAAGGGAAUUGGUGAGCUGUGGUGUUGCCUACCACCAUGCUGGUCUGGAUCCUCAGGAUCGUGCUGCGGUUGAGAAUGCAUUCUUACGAGGGGACGUCAAUAUCAUUUGCUGUACGUCGACACUGGCUGUCGGAGUCAACCUUCCUUGCCACCUCGUGGUUCUGAAAGGAACAGUUGGCUUCCAAGAUGGCCGCCUUACCGAGUAUUCUGACUUGGAAGUCAUGCAGAUGCUUGGACGGGCUGGUCGUCCUCAAUUCGAUGACAGUGCAGUGGCAGUCAUCAUGACACGAUCCGACAAGGUAGAUCGAUAUAAAAAGAUGAUGUCGGGUCAAGACGUUCUCGAAAGCACACUUCAUCUGAACCUCAUCGAGCAUCUGAACUCCGAGAUCAGUCUCGGCACUAUCAAAAAUACAUACGAUGCGAAGAAGUGGCUUUGCGGUACCUUCCUCAGCGUUCGCAUGCGCCAAAAUCCAAACUACUACAAGAUUGACGGCGUCACUCCCGGGGGAGACGCUGAUAGUAGACUGGAGCAAGUUUGUGAGAGAGACAUCAAGCUUCUCCAAGAACAUCAGCUAGUAACCGCUAAUGACCGGAUAAGCUGCACCGAGUAUGGCGUGGCUAUGUCUCGAUACAUGGUUCAGUUCGAAACGAUGAAGCUUCUUCUGAGUAUCCCACUACAUGCUAAGACGGAGCAGAUUCUCCAUAUUCUCUGUCAAGCGGCGGAGUUUAAAGACCUCCGCAUGAAGCCAGCCGAACGACCCAUCCUCCGAGAUUUUAACAAGUCCCCUUUUAUUAAAUUCCCUAUCAAGGAAACCAUCACAACUACACCACACAAGGUUUCAUUGCUCAUCCAGGUUCAGCUUGGCGGUAUUGACUACCCUACGGAUAAAGAGUUCAUCGCCGUCAAAAGGCAAUUUGGGACUGAUAAGAGCAUUAUCUUCGAACGCAUUCAGCGCCUCGUACGCUGCGUUAUUGACUGCAAAGCACAUGACGAAGAUUCUAUAUCGACUCGUCACGCUCUUGAUCUGGCACGAAGUCUAUCCGCAGAAUUCUGGGAGUACUCCAAUCUACAGUUGAGACAGAUUCCGCAGAUUGGCCCUGUUGCCACGCGGAAACUCGUCAGCAACAACAUACACAGCGUCGAGGAGUUGGGAAAUCUAGAUACCGGAUCGAUCGAACGUAUCAUUUCAAAGAAUCCUCCAUUUGGCAAGAAGACGCGAGACUCGAUUGCGGGCUUCCCUCGACUGAGAGUUGCCGCAGAGCUCGUGGGAAGGGUGCUCGUCAAGCAGAACAAGGCUCCUAGAGUUCAUGUCAAGGCUCGUAUGUGGUAUAGCAAUGCUCAAAUCCCAGUUUGGCAAGGUAGAAAACCAUCCCUGACAUUCAUGGCUGAGACGACUGAUGGCAAGAUGUUCCAUUUCUGGCGUGGUAACGUUUCCAAGCUGGAGAAAGACUUCAAUCUCAAGUUCUUUGUGGAUCUGCUCUCACCCGAUGUUAAUAUCAAGUGCUGGAUCGCUUGCGACGAGAUUGUCGGUACUGUGAAGUCUUUCAUUCUGAAGCAUGAGAUCCCAUCUUCAGAAUUUCCACCAGCUUCUGCUCCCGAAAGGGCCAGCAAGGAGACGCAGCCUAGCCACGAGAGAGCACCUCUCAAGGAAGCACUUCUCAAGGAUGCGGAUGAGUUCGGCAAUGACGAUGUUGAGGAUGAUGACAUGCUGGCGGCUGUCACCGGCGUUGACACUUCGCCUCCGCAUGUAGAAACGCAGACGCAGGCCGAUAGGGAAAAGGAUGACGGGUACGGCUCAGAUGACUUCAUCGAUAUCGAGGAGGCUGAGAUGCUCUCCAAAGCGGCGGCGGCGGAGAAGACUAAGAAGAACAAGGUGACGAAAGAACCUGAGUUUCACGAACCGUUCCAGAUGGCAAAUGGCAAGUGGACUUGCAAUCAUAUCUGUCGGGAUGGCAAGUUGUUGAAGAAUGGGAAAUCUUGCAAGCAUUUGUGCUGCCGUGAAGGACUGGACAAGCCUCGUAAGGCAAAGAGAAAGGUUUCUCUGGCAGGUAUUGGCGAGGAGGCCUCUGCAAGUAAGACAAGUGAAACAGCUAAUACUGGAGGCGGGAAGCCCGAGAAGAAGAAGACAAGCUCAGGAGCUGGUUCUGCCAAGCCUCGAGCUUUGCAGAAGUCUCAGCCCACGCUCAAGCUUAGCAGCAAUCAUGAUGAUUCAGACCUCGAGGACGUGGAGAUUAUCAACCUCGCCGACGUCCUAUCCCCUGUCUCCUAUUCAAAGAUGGCUCCACGCGAUUACCGCAGACUCCAUGAACUCCACACCAGCAUCCAGCCAGACAAAGCCAGUCAACGCUUGACGCAAAAACCCAAGUUCUCCUAUGCCGAUGGGAUCUCGCCGAAUCUUCCGUUCCUGAACAAUGGCCAGGCUUCGACAUCCAAACCCUCAGACAGUGUCCAGGGUGAGGAUGAUAUAGACAACGAGUUCCCGUCACCAUCUGCUCUCCUCCGUGACCUUGAUGAGAAGGAAUUCUUCGACAUUGGCUCCGACGAUGACCCCUUCACAGAAGUCCCAACCACACCCCGCGACCUCAUCUCAGCUGCAUCCCGCAGUCUCGGCACAACACCCAACCAGCCAACUUCCUAUCGCGAUUUACCACGCGAUGCCACCGGUAUUGCACCCCUCAGCCUCCCUGAACCCAUAUCCGUCAAGCCUUCGACGCCAAAAGUCGCUUCGAGCUUCUAUAACGACGUGUUUGAUUUCGCCGCGUUUGAGAAUGACGUUGAUAUCAUAUCAAACCCUGCCUCCCCGUCAGCAGACAAGCAGCAGCACCGAGUUUCAAGCUCGAGCUCUGGGAUCAACAGGGCGAAGAGACCUCUUUCCGCUUAUUCAUCGCCGGAGACCAAACACCGCCGGGUCACACAUGUAACGCCAGCGAAAAUAUCCAAUGCAUCAGUGGUCCCUGACUGGGUCAACGAUUUCGAUGCAUCUCUGAUUGAUGGGUUGAAGGGCUUUGUCGACUUUGUGGACUGA